UUCCUCUAGCAUAGUCUACGAAACAAAGUUUGAUCUUGUUAUUUGGUUACAAACAUUGAACUGAAUUCUUUUUCUACAGUGAAAUAAUAAGCUACUUAUAAUGGAAAUUCUUUUUUUGUUGACGUUAUGUUUCUCUUUCGUGGAGCCACAAAUUUCUAGAACAAUUCGUAUAAUACCUAUGCAGCCAUCACAGUUCUUUAGAGAUUCAUUUCUGUUCCGUCCUAUAAGAUCUCGCUGGUUCUGGCAGCGUUGUUUUGAUUAUCCUUGGAUGCCUAGAUGUCAACGUCUUUUUGGAAGAAUGAAUGGCCGUAUAAAUCAGCAAUCUUUUCCUCAGAACUUUAGGUGGCAACCUUUUCAAGGCAACCCAAGAUUCGGAAACCAAAAUCCUCGUGGAAAUUUUCGACCUCAGUUUCCUGGAAGUUUUGGACCAAUACCAGAUAUAUCUCAGCUCCAGCCAGUCUGCAAUAUUUCGUGUGCUCGAGGGUUAAGACUUGUAGCUGAAGAAUGCCACGAUAUAGGUGCAGAUUCUUUAUGUAGUCCUGGAUGUUCUCAGGGAUAUAAAUGUCAUCAUGGAACUUGUGUGCCGGCUCCUUGUAGUCAUCCAUGUUCCAAUGGCUUAACAUGUCGUGAUGGAAAAUGUCUGGAUGUCGGUCGCUGCCAGCCUACCUGUUGUCCUGGACAGGUGUGUUACCGGGGAAGGUGUCUGGCAGAAAAUGAAGUGCCUCGUGAGCCCCAGUGCAAUCCACCGUGUCCGCCGGGAUACGUCUGUCACAAUGGCCACCAUUGUGAUAAAGUGCCUUCUCCGAAAGUGGAAACCCCAUGUGUAGAGCCGUGCCCUCCGGGUUAUUACUGCCACGACGGACAUUGUGAUUUAGAAGAGGCAGCACAAAGCACCUGUCCUGUUCCAUGUGUUGCUCCCGAAGUGUGCCAUAAUGGUCAUUGUGAAAUCGAUGCCCAUACCCUGACACAUCUUACAAACCCUAACCUGGAUCACAAGCAUGAUCAUUCACAACCAGGGGCUAAUGGACAAUUAAUCCCAAUCCAUGACACCCACACGGGGCACAAUGACCACCAUCAUGAAGGCCCGGGUACCCAUAAUCACCAACACAAUGGGGGACAGACAGGAGGAGUCCCUGGAAGACAGGUGACUGAUUUCUUCACUAGAUUCAGAGAAUCAACCCCGGGUGUGCUUGGUGCAGGUCCUCAACUGCCCCAGGGAGGGGGUUUUGCUGGAAGUUCUCAACAAACUCAGGCUGGACGGUUUGGAACCCAAGAAACCUCCGGAUUAGGAGAUAUUCACGCUAGAAUUGCCAGUGAGUUUAGAGAGUCUAAUGUGCCAGACAGUCAGUUAGGAAUCGAUCUUAGCUCAGUCUUAUUUCAGGACCCAGUUACGGGACAGAGGGUAAAUGUUAAUCCUUGAAAUGAUAAUGUGUGACCGUAAGCCAUUUGUCACUAGGCCAAUAAAGAGAUGCUCUAUGGUAAACUAGAUUUAGUGGCUGGCUGGAAAAUGGACUAAAUUCACCAAAAUUGUAUGUGAAAUCCAUUUAUAUCAUUAAAGCACACUGUGUUACUUCCCUUCCCAGGAUAUGACCUUUGUUUUUGAUUGGCUGAAACAUAUAAAACUUACCAGAUGUAUCGUUUGAGAGACUUUUAAAACAUGGAGAUUGUUAUGAAACCUAGAGAAGUGCAUGUAAGGACCCUUUAACCUCACUGCAAGAUUUAGAGCAGAUACAAGAGAUUGAUGAUAGAGAUCCAUCAUUCUAAACCGAAGUCUCCAGAAGCGUGGAAAACGAAUCUCAGUGCUCCAUGGAAAUGUGACAAUAACAUCUGAAGAAAUGUCUUCAGUUAUAUAAAUCUGUUCAUUUGUCUGUUCAACAAAUUUCUUUCUGUACAUGCAUUAGAUACAAGUUUUAAUUAAUUUACAUCAUGUAUUCUCGAUCAGUCGUACACCUUCAAGAUAACCAAUCACAUAAUAUUCUGUUCUUUUGUUAUUAAUUAUUUUGUAAUAUAAAUCUUUUUGUACAAUGCCUAAUUAAUUUAUAUCAAAUAAAAUUUUAUACAG